AUGACGACACGAAGGCGACGUGAAAGAAAUAGCUCAAGUGAAUCAAGCGGAAGAGGAUCAUCAUCGGAAGACGAUAUGCCAUCGACAACGUUCGGCCGAUCUGCGGCAAAUAAACCUAGUGAACUAACGUUAAAAGAUGAUGAAGAUACGAUUGAACUUCAAGCACCAUUGCCUGAUGAAGAAGAAGUUGCAGGUGAAUCUGAUGAUGACCGGCCUGUUAUACCAAGACCUGCUCCGUCAUCCACGUCAGGCACAUUAGAUGACGAUGAUAGUAAAAAGAAUUCACAAUUAGCAAAGAAAAAACGAAAAAGAAUUUAUUACAUUUGUGUGUCAAUGUGUAAAUAUGAAUGUGUACGACGAGCAGCCAAACGAUUAAACUUUCGCGAAGUUGCUGAUGAAGAUGAUUGGAAUGUUUAUUGGACAGAUACAAGUGUGGGAAUCGAUCGAGUUGGACAAAUGAAGAAAUGGCAGAAAGUCAAUCAUUUUCCGGGUAUGAGUGAAAUCUGUCGGAAAGAUUCUCUGACAAGAAAUAUGGCUCGUAUGAUCAAAAUGUUUCCUAAAGAAUAUGCAUUCUAUCCAAAAGCUUGGUGUCUUCCAGCGGAUUACGCUGAUUUUGCUAAAUAUUGCUCCGAGAAAAAGUUUAAAACGUACAUUUCCAAACCAGACGUCGGCUGUCAGGGUCGAGGUAUUUUUAUAACCAAAAAUCCAGGAAGAGAUAUCAAACCUUCUGAUAAUUACGUUGUACAAGUCUAUGUGAAUCGACCAUUUGUUCUUGAUGGUUUUAAAUUCGAUCUGCGGGUGUAUGUGGCUGUAACAUCUUGUGACCCUUUCCGAAUAUUCGUUUAUAAAGAUGGCUUAGCACGUUUCACCACUCAACAGUAUGAAGAGCCAAGCAGCUCGAAUUGUAAAGAUGUUUUUAUGCAUUUAACAAAUUAUGCAAUUCAAAAACGUUCGGAUGAUUUCGUUCGAGAUGAAGAUUCAGGAACCAAACGGCGAAUAACGACCAUCAAUCGAUGGUUAGCAGAACAUGGUUAUGAUGUCAACAAACUUUGGGCAGAUAUUGAUGAAGUGAUUAUUAAAACUCUCAUAUCUGCUCAAUCAGUUCUCAAGCAUAACUAUCGAGCUUGUUUUCCAAAUCAUUAUCGCGGUAGUGCUUGCUUUGAAAUUCUGGGAUUUGAUGUAUUACUUGAUCGAAAGCUCAAGCCGCAUGUUCUUGAGGUAAAUCAUUCGCCAAGUUUUACAACAGAUUCGAAACUCGAUCGAGAAAUCAAAGAUGCACUUAUCUAUGAUACAUUGAUGUUACUAAAUCUACCAGCUGCUGAUAAACGUCGGUUUGUCGAAGAAGAGAAAAAACGUGCAAAGGAACGACUUUUUCAAAAAAUCAACAAAAAAGAUAGUAAAUAUCGUGAAGAACAAGAAGAUCUUGCUCAGCAAUGGCAAAAAGAAAUAGAAAAAUGGGAAGAUCAACAUAUGGGUAACUACCGGCGAAUCUAUCCCGGACCAGAUACAGCUGAGAAAUACGAUCGAUUUUAUACACAAUCGGGAACGCUGUAUUCAGAAACAGCAGCAUCGAAAGCUCGACUAGAACAAGCCAAAGCUCAGAUUGAUGAAAUUCAAAAGAAACAAGACAAAUUAAAUGCAUUGAAAAAUCGUAAAGCAAAUCCAGCGGGAGUUAAUAACAAUCCAAAAGAACUUCGAGGUGAAAGUCCGACACGAAAACCAUUGGCGGCUGUAAAAACAUCGAGAAGUUCAUCAUUCAACCGCGCACCAUUGAAACGUCUAACAGCUAACACAAAUGUUGCUUCUCCGCUAGCACAGAACUAUGGAGAAUCAAGUAAACCUAUGGAAAUAGACGAAAAUGAAGAAUAUGAACGAUUAACUUUACUGAAUCAACGUGAAACAUUACUUCGAGGCUUGGGAGUUGUGGAUAUGUGUCAUCGAAUUUUAUUUGGCACACCAGGUACAACAGCAAGUAUCCCAGCGGCGAAUCACAAUGCAGGCGGACAACAUCAUAAUAUGACUCAGAAUGAACUCACAGAUCCGAUACAAAAUCUUUCUCUUCUUCAGUAUGUUGGCUUGAAAUUGCCAAAUUCUCAAAUGAAUCGAUACACGACUAACAAUGGAGGUGCAACGCAUGGUACUCAGCAGUAUUUUACCAGUCAACAACAUCAAGUACAACCGAAAUAUGAACUUCGAACGAACAAAAACAGUAACACAAAUGCACAAAAUGGUACACGACUGAGUCGUUAUCAACAAGCGCUACGUUCUUCUGAAAAUAACCUUCAACACAAUAAUCCUAAUCGUGCUAUCCUGCCUACACACAUAAUGCCCCAGAUUACAUCAAAUUUUUCACCGAAGACAACAGUGACAACAUCAAAUCCAUCGCUUGACUCGUCUGUUCGAACGAAAAGUGCAAAUACCGUUCCGCGACAUCGCGCAGGCGGUCUCUAUUUGGUUUCAUGUGGUUCUAAUAUAACUCGUCUUCCUACGAAUAAUAUAACACGUCCUCAAGAAAUAGCUGUUAAUGGUUCAUCGAUGGCAGUUGGAAAUAAACUUCAAUCACUUUGUGAUUUUUCUUCAUUAGAACAAUUUAAACGACUUCAUGCGACAAAAGCUUCGACGAAUGAAACUGUUAUUUCGUCAACCACUUCGUCCGUACCGAAACGAGAUCGAUAA